GAAGAGCGCCGCAAGGAAGCAGAAGCAGCAGAGAAGGAGAGGCAGCUUCAGGAGGAGCGCACCCGGGCCGCAGAGGCAGAAGCAGCGGAAAAGGAAAGGCGGCUUCAGGCAGAGCUUCGCAAGGCGGCGGAAGCAGAAACAGCAGAAAAGCAAAGGCGGCUUCAGGAAGAGCUCCGCAAGGGGGUGGAGGCAGAGGCGGCACUGAAGGAGCAGCGGCUUCAGGAAGAGCGCCGCAAGGCCGCGGAAGCAGAAGUAGCGGAGAAAGAAAGGCGGCUUCAGGAAGAGCGCCGCAAGGCCGCGGAAGCAGAAGCAGCAGAGAGGGAAAAGCGGCUUCAGGAAGAGCGCCGCAAGGAAGCAGAAGCAGCAGAGAAGGAGAGGCGGCUUCAGGAGGAGCGCACCAGGGCCGCAGAGGCAGAAGCAGCAGAAAAGGCAGAGCUUCGCAAGGAAGAGCUCCGCAAGGGGGUGGAGGCAGAGGCGGCACUGAAGGAGCAGCGGCUUUAG